AAUGUUGCUACUGCAGUGCGACAUUCACAGUUCAAACAUUCACAGUUCACGCAGCGUAAGAUAUAUUGCAAUAUGAGAAUAACAGUGGUACUCUUGAUCUUGACGAUCCUGGUGUGCGCCAUGGUCCAGGAAUCCGAACAAAUCUUUUGGGGUGGUCGUCGUUAUCGAUAUGGCAGACGAUAUCGCGGUUGUUGUUGCCGUACAACACCUGCACCAACAAAUUCAACAAAUUCCACAGCAGGAAAUAUCGGAAGAAAAAGACGCGAGAUCAUAGAUACGAUUCCACUUGAAAUAAACGAUUUGGAAUAAAAGAAUAACAGAUGUGAAAACUAUCGCGGAUGGAAACAACAAUGAAAUGUUAAGAUUUUAUUAAAAAAUUAUGUAACUACAGUUAUAUUACUUAAAUAGAUAGACUACUUUAAGUAGUAUCUAAAAUUGAAUAGCAAUAAAGAUAUAUCAAACUCUUCAA